CGGGACCUGUUAAGACUGUUAAGGUUGUGUGAAACGCUUAAAUAGCUCAGAGCUCUUUAACGAGCACACAGACAGAGUUCAAGUCUCACGGCGUGCCAGGAGGACGUUUUAGUGAAGACUAUUCGAAGAGUUUUGAGGAAACAAACUGGGAUCGUGCAGAAGAGUCGCGGCGACGAGAAGGUGCUUCCCGGAACCGAGUUACUCAUGGACUGUGUUUUCGUCGGACUCGAUUUGUGGUCGUACGUCUUGCUAGCAAACAGGCUAGCAAAGUCAUAGCUAUCGUCUUUAAAGAAAAUAAGAGCGUUUACGAGAAAAAAAGUAGUAUAAAAAAACUUAGUUUGCUUUUUAAAUAGUUGGGGGCUAACGCAUCUGAUUCUACAGCUGGGCAGGGGGCAGCUAGCGCUUUGUUUACUCGCGUUUGAGGCUCGGAAGCGGUUUCACGUUUCAACACGUCGGUAUUCCGAUAACGUUAUCUGAGCGUUUCGGUGUUUCUGUAACGUUAUUUGAGCGUUUCGGUGUUUCUGUAACGCUAUUCGAGCCUUUCUAAUGCAGAGGCCUCAUUUUCGACACCCUUAUCCGGGACCGGGCCCGAGAGCGGGCGGGUUUCGCAGCCCUCCACCGGCUAUGGAGAGGGGGCCCGGGAUGCUCCCCUCGCCGCCUUGGGCUUUCUCAAACCCGCCUCCUCAGUUCGGGCCCAGGUACGGACCCUACGGCGGGUCUCCAAACACACCGCCCAGGGACUUUAGUGGCGGCAGAGGCGGCGGUAACAGCAGUAACGGCAAACACAGCGGCAGGUCUCCCGCUCACACGCCGCGCAGGCCUAGCAGUGGCGGCCGCGGCGGCACUCCGCACCGGCACUCGCCUUAUUACCACCCCAGCCCGGGGCAGCACGGCGGGUCUUUUCAGGGUUCGCCGCGGACAUCCUCACCAUUUGGCAGGGAGAGAGGGGGAAAUGAUAUGGACAAGUAUUACAAACCGUCUAUGCUUCAAGAUCCGUGGGCUAAUCUCCAGCCUAUGUCAGUCACAGACACCCAGUCCAAAUGCAGCACCCAGCAAGCCACAAACACAGGCAGGAAAGGGAGGUACUACAGCGCGAACUGAAUCUGUUUUAAACUAGUCAUGGCAGUGACGACACGCCCCAACUGGUUUUAUUUAGCAGGACUAGCUCUGCCCCUCGCUGAAGUUUUGGUCGAGGAGGGAGCUUUUGGUUCGGUUACGGUGGCAAAAUGGACUCGGCAGUAGCAAUAAUUCUGGCAGAGCUGUUGCAGCUUUUUACAUUUUAUACAGUUUGUAUACUGUGAGACUUUCUAUUAUACUUUUAUAUUUUACGUUCAUUUUGACUCUGGGAUUAAGACGACUGUUGCCGUAGAUAUUGGCAGCAAUUAGUCAGACCCGACUUUCUGUUCUUCAGAAGUUCUUCAAACUUCCAGUGAAGUUUGGGUGCCUGGGCAGUGUUAAAAUGAGGUCUGUCUACCUCUGAACGAACACUAUUCUCAUAUUGUACCAGCACUAGAGCGUGUUUUUUCUAGGCAUUCUUUUUCAAUUUUGUACAUACUGAACCUUUUUUUAUUUAGGUGGCAUCUUUCAUUUUUAUCUUGGAUCUGUCAGCUUAUCUUCUUGUUAUAAACAGGAAAAAAAAUGUGGACUGAUGUUCAACUAUGUAAGCAUGUGGACAACAAAGGCCCGUCGAGCUGCUGUUGAGUUCAGAAUUUGUUAGAAAAAAAAAACAUGCAAGAUUGUUGGUUGGAAGUUUAUUUUUUCUUUCCUCUUUUUUACUUUACACACUCAGGAUUUUCUAAAUGUUUAAGUACCUCAGCCAAGUUACUCAAGUCAAAAUGAUACCACAGGUAGAAGGAUAAAAAAACAGUCUACUUGCUAAAUAGAUACAUAUUUGACAACACAAAAUUGAUGUUUUUAAUACUUUUUUGUUCACUGAUUUGAUCAGCAGAUAUGACAUUGUCACCAUUAAGUUGUUCUAUAUGUUUUAGUUCUAUUUGAAUGUUUAAAAGUUGAUCCCUGAUUUAUUGUUUAUCCAUCAUAAAUGUAAACUGUUAUUAUGGCAGUAAUGUGAAACCAAAA